GCAACCUUCGGUCCUCAAGGAGAACUUGGCCAGAGUGAAAGGCACUCCUGGGCGGAACUUGGAUAAAGCGACAAUGGCGUAAUCGUUGAGAAUCUGGAACCUCGUGGGGAUAAUAUUUUUGGGUUUCCCUGUCAAAACGGUCUCACGUCCACCCUGUACACUCCAUAAUUAAAUUAAGUUGAGUGCAAGGCGGCAUCACAUAGGUACGGAAAUUUCAGUUACAAAAAUCUGCAGGUUAAAAUGGACCAAACUUGAAGUUUGCCGGGCAGCAAAUGUUGCUGACCCGUAAAAAGAUCCAUUCAUGAAUCCGUUUGCGGUGCACUUGGAAAUGUAUAGGAAGACGCGUGUCGUGGUAUUUGCAAACACCAUCGAUCGUUGACUUUCCGUGACCUUUAAAUAUCCAAACAAUUAAUUUAAUAUAUAAGGCGUCGCCAAGAACGUUGUCUCACACUCCGUUAUUCUUGUUAACUUUUAACAAGAAGCCAUGAUCUUGAAAAGCCUCGUAUUCGCAACGGCCGCUGUCGCCUACGUGGUAGCAUCCUCGUGCGAUACCAUCGAAUGGACUGGUGGACCGAUCGAGUUCCCAUCACCAGAAAUCAAGUCCAUGUACAAAUCCAGCGGCAAAUACGACCCCAGACAUUUGAUCGCCACCCGCGGGCAAAUCUUUCAAAAUGAUCUCUACGUAGCGCUGCCCAGGUACAAGCCAGGAGUGGCCGUUACGUUGGCCAAAGUUUGUUUGAAAACUACAGCUUGCGAAGCGGUUUUGACCCCUUUCCCGUGUCUCUCUAGUCAAGAGAUAGGCAACUGCGAGGCGCUGCAAAACGUGGUCGACUUAUUCGUAGACCCAUACGGGAUCUUGUGGGCUUUAGACAUCGGUGUGGUAAACACUUUAGAGCAUCCUGUCCGAAAAGCCCCGCCCAAAGUGGUCGCUUACAACUUAAACACCGGCAAGAGAGUGAAAAAUGUCGAUUUGUCCGGUUUGGUAGUGAAAGCCUCCAGGUUGCAAUACGUCCUCGUGGAAUACGACGUCAAAGGCAAGCCGACCGUCUACGUCAUCGACGGAGCCACCAGAUCAAUUUUGGUAGUGGACGUCGCUGCCAACAAAAGCUAUCGUGUAGUUCUUCCCAAUGCCGUUGUUGGCAACAAGCGCGACGUCCUCUACGCCGUUUUAGUUCAAAAAGGCUGCGGAAACAAUUUCAUUAUACUGACUUACUUGUCCAGCAACAAGAUAUUCUCCAUCCGUACCGAUUACCUAAGAGCCGGAUGCGUGCAGGGUAAAAUCGAAAGUGUCGGCGUCAAAGACUGCAAACUGGUAGUCUUGGGCACCGACGGUGGUUCCGCCGUAUUCUUCAGACCCGAAGGUGAACAAGAAGUUUAUAGAUGGGAUACCAACGAGCCCUUCGCUCUAGGUAAGCCGGUGUACGUAAGCCCGCCGUGCCAUUUGGCCACCCACGUCGUGCCAGACUAUUUGAGGCGGAAAAUGAGAGUGCUACAGAGCAAUUUCCCGGAUUACAUUCAAAAUACAGUCGGUUGUGGUGCCUCGCAGUUGGUAUCCCUCAUGGUCAGCGAACUUCCCAAGUGA